UUUUUUUUUCAUACUUCUAUCCGUCCCUCAUCAUUCAUUGCCUCUUCUCAUCACCGUUUCUCAGAAACAACGUACACCUAAUACAAUCGAACCAUUCUUGCAUUACUGUCCAAUGCCUGUCUACAAGCAGAUCAACUCAAGCACAGACGCACCACCACUAGCUGCUGCUGCUGUUCCCUCGGGAGAUAUCUCAGUACAAUUGUCAUGUACAUGCCCUAUUUCGGACGAAGCCCUCGUUCAGAACAGUGAUCCGAACCGCAUCGGCCCAGCAGAGACGGAUAGCACGUUGGACGCACAGAUCCAGUCGGCAGAUCGCCAGCACCAGCAAGAGCAGCAACCUCAAAAGCAGCACCUCUCGACCUGCGCACUUCACUCAAAGUCAAUCGCCAUAUUGAAACAGCAGCAGCAGGCAAAGCGGAAAAGACAGUUGGAGCUUCAGCAGGAGGAACGAGCACGGAAGAGGUACCCGUUUGAGCCCCUUCGGGUUGCCUCCACCAGAACCUUUCAUCUGUAUGCUGGAUCGCAGUUCCGUGGGAAGCAACGGUCAGGAAGCCACAGCUACGAUGUGAAGGUUGACAUCAAGCAUGUAGACUUGAACGACUCCUUCCUCUGCGGAUAUUUGCACAUCAAUGGAUUGACCGAGGAGUACCCGGAGCUGACCACGUACUUUGAGGCAGAGAUCAUUGGACCUAAGCAUACAUUUCAGACCCGCAAAUGGGAUGCCGACGAAUUGAUCGACGAGGAGCACUGGACACUAUUCAAACCAUUCGAGUGCUUGGCGAGCUCGGUAUUCUAUGGACUGGACGAGCAUGAUCUGGACGACGAAGAUGACGAGGGCUCGCGCUGUCCACAUCACCACCACUACGACCCACAGACGUACGACCAUCGAAACGAGGAUGUGGUAUUCAUGAGAUGGAAGGAGCACUUUCUGGUACCGGAUCACCAUGUCCGAGGUAUCUCUGGGGCGAGUUUUGCUGGAUUCUAUUAUAUCUGCUACAGUAAGACGACAGGCCAGAUCAGCGGUUAUUAUUACCACCAGUCCAGCGAAAAAUUCCAGCAGCUGCUGUUGAACCAUGUCGAGGAACGGUCAUUUGGCUCGUUCGAGUUCCGGUAGACGAGGGCAGAUAUGCCUGGACGGAUGUUGCCGAAUGGAUCUUGUUCUUUUGUACUUUUACCCCCACGUUGUUCAUAACCGAUCAGAAGCGCCAGAUAACUCAAUAAAAUACCGCUGAACACACGUUCUGAAUGUCCCC